AUGGAGCUUCUGGAGCAUAAACUCUCAAAACAUCGGCAAUACAACACGCAAUCAGAAGUUGUACAUCUUUACUUUGAUGCAUCAAAAAAUGUUCUUCAGCCAAAUGUAAUGCAAGUGAAGACGUAUUACCUCAAGAUAUGCAUAGGCACCACAAGGCCUGUGACACUCAAAAUAUCAAUAAAGCAAAUAUAUGUGAUGGAACACGGCACUAUCUUAGCAAGUACAAAAGUUGACAACCCUGAAAAACCAGGGCAAGAAGUAACUCCUAUUCACAGAAUUAGGAUUACAUUAACGUCACGAAAUGUACGUUCUCUUGAAAAAGUUUGCUCGGAAUUGAUAAAUGGAGCCAAUAAACAAAAAUUAAAAGUGAAGGGUCCAGUUCGUAUGCCUACCAAAAUUUUAAGGAUAACCACGCGUAAAACACCAUGUGGUGAAGGAUCGAAAACAUGGGAUCGUUUUCAGAUGCGUAUUCACAAAAGAGUUAUUGAUUUAUAUUCACCAUCAGAAAUUGUAAAGCAAAUUACAAGCAUUUCCAUUGAACCUGGUGUUGAAGUGGAAGUUACAAUUGCAAAUGAAUAAGCAAUUUAAAAUAAAACUGUACGAAGUUUCAAUAAAAAUAUA